UCAUUGUCCAAUAAUUAUUCCACCGUAUUUCCCGGUGUAAAACGGAAAUGUUAUAAUGAUGAAAAAUAUUCCGAUGAUUCAUCACAAAAUUACUUCUUCGAACAUUACAGGAAAAUUUACGUCAUCAAAACGUUUUCGUAAUGUUCUCGUUUACGUGAUGGAUUUGAGGAUUUUCAUAGUCGAUUUCCGGAAUUAUGUGAAAGUUCCACGGAACGACGAGAAAAAAUGGAGAAAAAUAUAAUGGGAAAUCAUAUCCUAACAAGCAUAUCUAAUCCAUGUCUUUCAACUACAAAUGAUGGUCCAACACAAAUUCUUCCAUUCCUUUAUCUUGGUUCACAACAGGAUGCUAUGGAUUCUAGUUUAUUAUCAAAAUAUGGUAUUAAAUAUGUGAUAAAUCUUAGUGUGAAUUGCCCUAAACCGGAUGCAUUAAAUCAGGAUGAUCAUUUUAUGCGAAUACCUAUCAAUGAUACGUAUCAAGCGAAAUUAUUACCACAUUUUGAUGAUGCAUUCAAAUUUCUUGAUAAAGUAUGUGAACGUGGUUCAGUAGCAUUAAUACAUUGUCUUGCUGGUAUUUCUCGUAGUCCAACAUUGGCUAUCGCAUAUAUGAUGAGACGAAAUAAUUGGACAUCUGAACAAGCAUAUAGGUAUGUGAAAGAGCGUAGACCAUCGAUUUCGCCAAAUUUCAAUUUCAUGGGCCAAUUACUGGAAUAUGAAGCACGACUACGCGAGAAAAAUGAUCCGAGCUUAUCGUCUAAAUCCAGUGAACAUGAAGAAGAAUGUCGAAACGAUAGCAAUACUAUCAUUUCGACUCCAGUUCAGGAAUGUGAUAACACCGAAAACCAUUCAAAACUGGGGAAAUCGAUCAGCUAUGAUACAUUAUCGCAGAGGAUAUCAUCAUAUAAACCACAAGAUUGCUGGGAUAACGAUUGCAGUCGGCCAUCUUCAAAGAUUAAUGAGAAUGGUAAGCGUGUGAUGGAGUUAACAUGUCCACAUUUAUUGGAUCGACCAAGAGUUUUGGAUGGAUUAAAAUCCAGGAAAGCUUUAAGUAUACCAGAAAAAGUAAAUGAGGAUUUACCGUCACCAUCAACGGAGCUACAAAAAUUAUCAUUUACACAUUCAUCAGAUACAUCCAGUUCUGCAUCAAAUCCACUUUUUCUCAGCAAUAACCGUAUGGAUGGAUCUAAUUCCGUAUUCAUCAAUUCAGCAACGGCAUCAACAUCUCAGAUCGAUCAUUAUUCAGUCGAGAAUUUGACAUUCAAUUCAUGCGAUCAUUUAUCAUUUCCGCUUACAUCAUCCUUCAGUACUUAUAAUCAAAGCAGGAAUCAUCGAGUAACAAUGGGUCAUAAGUUUUUGACACGUAUUAGCCAUUAUCUUCGAAAAGGAACAUGCCAAGCAAAACAUAGCAAAAAUAUUACUAUUGGUAAUGUUGCUAGAAGAGGUAACAUUGUUGGAUGUAAAUCGAUGGUUACAUCAAUUCCUUCCUGCCCUUCAUCAUCAACUAACAAUGAUAGCGAUACAUCAUCGCUAAAUGCUUCAAUAGAUAUAGUACGAUCACAUAGUGUUAGUUCAUUGGAUAAGACUCAUAAACGUUCAACAGCUUCUACGGCAUCGCGUGCAUUACAAGCAUUACGCAGAAAACGAGUUAUGGAACAUCAACAACAACCACAACAACAGGAUCAUUCUCAUUUUAUCGCUAUCACAACAACUGUUACAGAAAAUGAUAAUAAUGGCAAUGAUAAUGCUAAUGUUACCGAAUCAGUGACUGAAUCAUCACGAACAUUUCAUGAAGUUGAUCGUGAUUCUAUCAGUUCUGCAAGUUCUUUAGAAAUUUUGGUUCAAUAAUAGCUAUAAUGAUGAAUAAGCUAUUCAUUUUUCUUAAGUUGAUUUUUCUUUCUUUUUUUUUCUUUCUCA